AUGUUGCAAGUAGAAGUGAUGCCAGGAUGCGGAAUACGAAACGAUUACAUCGAGCUGCUCCUGGGCAUGCCUAUAAAUCAGGCGAUCGCUGCCAUAAAGAAUGCAUCACGCCAUAUUCAGAAUGUUGAAUUAACUUACUCUUCCAAGGAGCCGUUGUCAAGAGAUGUGAUGAUACGAUUGGCGAAAGAUGGUGUACGACUCUAUUUUGAGCCUAACUCGCAACUGCUUCGGCUGAUUGAAGUGUACGAUUUGUCAAACAUAGUCUUACAAUAUGGUGGUGUAGUAUUCUCCAGUCCUAAAGAUGAAGCAGAUGUAAAUAAAGUGGAAGGUUGUUUUGGCGCCACACAUCCUGGAGUCUAUGUUGCUGAGCAAAGUUUGUACGAAUUGAGUUGGAAAGGAUUGUCAUUCAGUUUUCCGACUCUAAAUGAAACUUCGAAAGUGCAAACUGCAUCGGUCGACGCUACCGGCUUAGGAUCGCUGCAGUUCCGAAGUAACUCUCCGCCACUUCUUGCAAAAAUGGCCAUUUACCCAGAUUCAUACAACUCACCGAAGCCGCCAAAGAUUUCGGCAGCUUCGUUAUGUGGUGUUAUAUGCCCAGUUGAAGUGAAGUCUAUUAGUGAUGGAAGUAGGAUUUCAGGCCUAUCCGUCGUUUUCGCUGCAGAAACCCCAGUGGCGGAUAGUUCGAGUCGAAAACAAGCUUUUGGUUUAAGAAAAAUCGAACGGUCUAUUUUUUUUGGCGAUACUUCCGAGAGUGUUUUAUCAUCAUUGGGUGCUCCAUCCAAAGUAUUUUAUACGAAAGCAGAUCGAAUGUUAAUUCAUCGAGGAGAAGAUUCAAAGAAAUUGCGUGGACCACGUCCUAAUUAUUUCUUCAAUUACUUCUCGUUAGGAGUGGACAUUUUAUUCGAUUGUAUCACUAAUCGUGUUCAGAAAUUUGUCUUACAUACCAAUUUGCCCGGCCACUUCGAUUUUGGGAUAUAUGCACGCUGUAACUUCUGCAUUACUAUUACGGAUGGUCCGACCAUUACUCCUUCGUCAAAGCGGGAAAAUUUUUUCGGUGCCUUCUGCGGUGACACAACUGUACAGCCAGUGGUGCUUAGUAGGAGUGGAACCGAAAAUCCGUUUGGAUCAACUUUUUGCUAUGGCACCGAUCAAGUUAUUGUCGAGGUGAUGGACAAUGGAUUUAUCGCAUCGGUUACCCUUUUUUAG